CUGAAAGCCCACAAAACCCCGGUCCAAACGAACCGCGCCAAACCGUUGCAACACUCUAGCGGACCGGUCCAAACCAAAAGCAUAUUACUCAUCCAAGUCUCGUUCCCAUUUCGACGACGCCAGAGCUCUGACCAAAAUCCUACCUCGCCGCUCAAACCAGAAGCAAGUGAAGGAGACUCGCACAGAUCGCCAUGAAUUCAGCAGCUCGAAGAAGCGGUGGAGGCCUCUUCGAAGGCAUUUACAGGGUCAUCAUGCGCCGCAACUCCGUCUACGUCACCUUUGUCAUCGCCGGCGCUUUCCUCGGCGAGCGGGCUGUAGAUUAUGGAGUUCAUAAGCUGUGGGAGUACAACAAUGUUGGGAAACGAUAUGAAGACAUUUCAGUUUUGGGGCAAAGGCCGUCGGAAGAAUGAGAUCAUCAACGCUUCUCUUCGGUGACUUAAAGUUUUCAUACUUUUGGAAAGUUGGAGCAUGCAAUCAUGCUUUAGGUAGCAAUUUUCAUUUUUGUAAUAAGUUUGGGCGGAUUCAGCUUAUUUAUCAACCAUGUUAUAUUCAACUAAAGUGUUUUUAAGUGUUGAAUCAGUUGUGCGCGCGCGGCCACAUUGACUGAUUGACUCUGACAAUGGUAUUGUUUUUUUUUUUUGUUAUAUGAGAUUUGAUUCUUUGGCCCUC